AUGCACCUCCUGCUUCUGUUUCUGAUGCUGGCAGCAUCCCAGCCAGCCUCUGAGAAGCUUCCGAUGAAGUGUCCACUGAGUUUGGAGAAGCAGGAUGGGAAGAAACCAUGGAGCUAUUACAAGCCAGGAGACCACGUCAUUAGCUUGGUCAUCACUGCCACAAAGACAUCGGCCACAACGUUGACCUUCAACAUAGUUCCUCAUAGUCAGACUCAUUUUUUACCUUUUAAUGAGUUCAGAAUACUACCCUUCAUUUUUGCUGUUCAAGUUGUCAACAAGAAUCCCCGACUCCUGCACAAUCUCACAAUGGGCUACAACUUCUAUGACAACUGCAUGAACAUCCUCGGCACUUCAGAGGCCUUGCUGGACAUUCUCUCCACUGGAGAAGCCAACAUCCCCAACUACGGCUGUGGGAGGGAGGACAACCUUCUGGCUCUUCUUGAUGGAGCUACCAGGGACAUCUCCACCCAGAUGUCAAACCUAGUAGGCGCAUACAAAGUCCCACAGCCUGGAGAGAUUGUUCUUCAAUGCAAUGAAGGCUCUGCCACCAUGUUCUACAUNAGACAUCUAGGCUUGCCUAUUUUGUUCUUGUUCUUUGUUUUCAAUUGCUUCCAUUGUGGGAAGAAUGAGAAAAAGAUCUUGAAGGACGAGCCUGGAAUGGUUAUCCUGCAAUGCAACGAAGGAUAUUUUGUCAUGUUCUACCUUACACUCAGCUACUUGGGCUUCCUGGCUGCCAUCUGCUUCACAGUUGCUUUCCUGGCCAGAAAUCUCCCGGGGGCCUUCAACGAAGCUAAGCUGAUCACCUUCAGCAUUCCUACAUAUACUUAUCUGCCUCUGCUCCUACGCAUCAUUUUCACCUUUCAAACGGUCAACAAGAACCCUCAGCUUCUGCACAACCUCACACUCGGCUACAACAUCCGCGACAACUAUCUGAGCAACCUCGGCACUUCAGAGGCCUUGCUGGACCUGCUCUCCACUGGAGAAGCCAACGUCCCCAACUACGGCUGUGGCAGAGAGGACCGCCUUCUGGCCCUUCUUGAUGCAGCUAAAAGGGACAUCACCAUCCAGAUGUCAAACUUUGUAGGCACCUACAAAGCCCCCCAGUUCCACCCCUUUCUGGAGAAGAAUGAGUUUUGCAAUCUUUCCCAAAAGAAACUGUACUUGGACCAAAAUGGAGAGGUGACGGCAGACCUGAACCUCAUGAGCUCGGUGGUUCUGCCCAAGGAGAACCCAGUGAAGUUGCAACUGGGGAGUCUUGACAGACAGAGACUUAUCAUCAACCAAGAGGCUCUUUCACGGCUGAAGCUGCUCAACAAGCCUCAGUCCAAAUGUGUGGAAAGUUGUCGUCCUGGAUUUUUCAAGCAGGUUCGGGAAGGAGAGCCAGUUUGCUGCUACGACUGCGUCCCUUGUCCGGAGGGGACCAUCUCCACUCAGGAAGAUGCUGAAAAAUGCACCAAGUGCCCAGAUGAUCAAUAUUCAACCGAGAAACGAAUCCAAUGUAUCUGCAAAACAAUAACAUUCCUGUCGUAUGAAGAAAAUCUGGGCAUUAUCCUGGUCUCUUUUGCCUUAUUUUUGUUCCUAACCACCGGAUUUGUUUUAAUCAUAUUUUCUAAAUAUCUAGAAACUCCCAUUGUCAAAGCCAACAACCGGGACCUCUCCUACAUUCUCCUGGUCUCCCUCCUGCUUUGCUUCUUGUCCUCCUUAUUCUUCAUUGGCCGGCCAAAGAAAGCCACCUGCCUGCUCCGACAAACAGUUUUCAGCAUUGUCUUCUCAGUAGCUGUGUCUUCUGUGUUGGCCAAAACAAUCACAGUGGUGCUGGCAUUCCUGGCCACAAAACCAGGAAACCAAGUGAAAAGAUGGUUGGGAAAGAGUGUGGCCAAUUCCAUCAUCCUUUCUUGUUCUGCUGGCCAAAUUCUCAUUUGUGCCAUCUGGCUGGGAGUUUCCCCUCCUUUCCCUGACUCUGACCUGCAUUCCCAGCCUGGAAAAAUCAUCCUUCAAUGCAACGAAGGCUCUGUCACUAUGUUUUAUGUUGUUCUUGGCUACAUGGCCUUCCUGGCUGCCAUCUGCUUCACGGUGGCUUUCCUGGCCAGGAAUCUGCCUGGGGCCUUCAACGAAGCAAAGCUGAUCACCUUCAGCAUGCUGGUCUUCUGCAGCGUCUGGGUCUCCUUCCUGCCUACCUACCUGAGCACCAAAGGGAAAUUCAUGGUAGCCGUGCAGGUCUUCUCCAUCCUGGCCUCCAGUGCUGGUCUGCUGGUCUGCAUCUUCAUCCCCAAGUGCUACAUUAUCCUUAUGAGACCAAACCUGAACACAAAGGAACAGCUGACAGCCAGAAUAAAUGUAAAAACAUGA